ACGGUUGUCCUUUUGUUAUCUUUGUCUUCUUCUUUUUCUCUUGCACAUUCUGGUGAUCAUUAUUUCAUUCAGACUUGAUUUGGUCUAUACGAAAAUUAGAACCGAAUGCUAAUCUUUAUUAAUUUCUCUUUUAAAUUUCUGACUCCGCUAUAAGUAUAUUAAUAUACAUCCGCAUAAUGUGAAGCAAAAUAGUUAAAUGGAGUUGCAAUAGGUUGCGCAUCAGUAUAACUGAACUGAAUAAAUGGAGCAAAACGCAUGAUCAAAGCAGACCGAAGGAUCGAUCGGCACCAUUGAGUACCACAUUCCCGACAGACGUCCCCUCCUCAACCGGUCCAUUUGAUUUUGACAGUUCUCAAUCUCAGCAUUUUUCAGUGAGCAUUUUCACAGCAAUUGCAGUAAGAUUUGGGCGAAGAUGUCAGGGAGUCCAGUGUAACGGUAGAAACGGCCCUUGUGGUGUUUUAGAACAGUAUUAGACGGAUAGGGCGGAUGCAUCGACUCAAUAGCUCACCCGAAAGAUGGAGGGUUUGUCCUGCAGCAGGUUAUGAAUGACUUUGACAUCGUCCAUUUGACGUUUAAAGUGGAUAUAAACGUGGAAUAAUGGAUAACAUUGCGACUGCCGAAUGUCUCACUCUUGAUUUUGGGCCCUUCGAGACUGUUCAUCGAUGGCAACGAAUGCCCGAGUGCGACGAGUUCGUGGGAGCGAGACGUAGCAAGCACACUGUAGUGGCAUACAACGAUGCCAUCUACGUCUUUGGUGGAGACAAUGGAAAGAGAAUGUUGAACGAUUUACUGCGCUUUGAUGUUAAGGAAAAAUCAUGGGGUCGUGCUUUUGCAACUGGUCCACCACCAGCACCUCGUUAUCAUCAUUCAGCAGUGGUUCAUGAUGCAUCUAUGUUUGUCUUUGGUGGAUACACAGGAGAUAUACAUUCCAAUUCCAAUCUUACCAAUAAAAAUGAUCUUUUCGAGUAUCGUUUUCAGACUGGACAGUGGACGGAAUGGAAAUUUCUAGGAAAAACUCCGGUAGCUAGAUCAGCUCACGGAGCAGCUGUUUACGAUAAUAAGUUAUGGAUAUUUGCUGGCUACGAUGGCAAUGCUCGACUGAAUGAUAUGUGGACUAUCUCCUUACUGCCUGGUGACCUCAGGGUAUGGGAAAAAGUAGUACAAUCAGGGGAUUGUCCUCCAACCUGCUGUAACUUUCCAGUGGCAGUAGCACGAGAAUCUAUGUUUGUCUUCAGUGGUCAAAGCGGCGCCAAGAUAACCAAUAGUCUCUUUCAAUUUCAUUUUAAGGAAAAACGAUGGACGCGCAUUUCAACGGAACACAUACUUCGCGGCGCACCACCACCGCCCGCGCGACGUUACGGUCACACGAUGGUCAGUUUUGAUCGUCAUCUUUAUGUAUUCGGUGGUGCGGCCGACUCCACCUUACCGAAUGAUCUGCACUGCUACGAUCUAGAUACUCAAACCUGGAGUAUUGUACUGCCAUCCGCAGAUAGUCAGAUACCGUCCGGUCGAUUGUUUCACGCCGCAGCCGUUAUUGGCGAAGCAAUGUUCAUAUUCGGUGGAACUGUGGACAACAACGUACGCUCUGGGGAGACCUAUCGCUUCCAAUUUUCGUCCUACCCCAAGUGCACUCUUCACGACGACUUUGGCAGAUUACUGAGCAGCAGACUCUUCUGCGACGUCGAGUUCAUUCUCGGGGAGAGUGAAGCCAAGAUUCCAGCGCAUAUCGCUAUGGUAGCGGCGCGUUCCCAAUUUCUUAGCUCCAGAAUAAGACAGGCUCGUGAACGACGGGAGAAACAUCUAGAAGAAGUAUUUGGCAGUGUCGACGUACCCAUAAAGGAUCUUCCAUUGUUGGAGGUGAAACUGAAGGACGCGGUGCCGGAGGCCUUCGAAAUGGUACUAAAUUACAUAUAUACAGAUCGCAUUGAUCCCACUAAAAGAAUAGAGGAUCCUCUGAGCAAUCGAAUCGUCCUGCUCAUGAUGGACGUCUACCGGUUGGCUGUUCAGUUCAACAUGAAACGCCUAGAACAGCUUUGUGUUCAUUAUCUCGAAGCCACGAUAAGCCACGCGAACGUAUUGGAAGCACUGCACAACGCGGCGCACCUGAAGCUUUACUUCAUCAAAGAGAUCUGCCUAAGUUUCGUCGUGAAGGAUAGCAAUUACAAUCAAAUCGUAAUGAGUCAGGAAUUCGAGACACUCGAUCAGCCAUUGAUGGUCGAGAUCAUCAGACGACGUCAGAUGCCUCAAGCGAGAAACUUUUCGAAGCAAUACGAGUCCACAGGUACUACCCUGGAACAGGAUAUGGAACUGUUCUUGAAGAGCGUCGGUCGAGAAUUCUGUGACAUCACCCUAAUGCUAGACGGCGUCCCAAUUCCAGCUCACAAAGCAGUCCUGGCUGCGCGCUGCAGCUACUUCGAGGGCAUGUUCAGAUCCUUCAUGCCUGAAGACAACACUGUCAAUAUACAAAUCGGAGAGAUGAUCCCAUCCCUGGAGUCAUUCGACUCGCUGCUGCGUUAUAUUUAUUAUGCAGACGUAUCGAUGCCUCCGGAAGAUUCCCUUUACUUAUUUACAGCUCCAGUAUUUUACGGAUUCACGAACAAUAGGCUUCAGGCAUUUUGCAAGCAGAAUCUUGAGAUGAAUGUCACAUUCGAGAACGUUAUACAGAUACUGGAAGCAGCCGACCGAAUGCAAGCUAGCGACAUGAAGAAAUACGCUCUUAAUCUCAUAGUCCAUCACUUCAGCAAGGUGGCUCGACUACCGAGAUUAAAGCAGCUGAGUCGGGACUUGCUUCUCGACAUUUUGGAAGCUCUGGCCGACGAGAGAAGCGAGGUACGAAUGUGCCAGGACAUGUCAAGCGCCAGUCUGUCCAGUGACUGCUGACAGACCUCCGCAACGGAUCAUCGCGCUUGGAAUUUACCUGUACCCUCAACUUUUCAGGAACUCUUUCGCGUGAACUUCAUUCUGAUCACGCGAAUGAUUCUCUUCAUUGGCAAUUACUAUUUCGACACUAAGUUUUGUCCACCGUCGCAGUAUACCACCCGAGGUCAAACUUAUCGACGCUGCUGUACUCACAAGAAGAAGCGUCCUCGUCGUUUUAGAAUCCAUUGACUCCUUGCAGCGUUCAGAAAAAACAGGAUCCAUCACUUAUAGAUUAGCUGUUCUUAAAUCAUUGUCUAUUUCGAUAAUAGAUGCAAACUUUGACUGUCCGAUCAACCGUCCUGCUCUAUCAACCUUUGUUUACCCGUGCAGCUCUUUCUGUUGCAAAAUCUCAGCUCGACUUGGGUACUCAAUGUUCUUUACUUUCACUUAUUAAAUUAUUUUUACACGCGAGUCUCCCAUCCUCAUGGAAUAUCAAAUUUCUCUAGAUAGCUAGAAUAGACUUUGUAGAACGAGACGAAUGAAUAAUGGGGUAGACAGAUUAUACGCUAUUAUUAUGGUAUACCAUAGGCAAGUGCAAUUACUCACAGCUUCGAUAGAUUUGAAAAUCUCUUCGAUUGAUCCAUAUGCCUAUAUGUAUGUAUAUUAAUAUAUAGGUGUUAUAUAAUAUAAAGUUGUCAUGUGUAUUAAAAUCCCCCCACUUCUACCGUGUGUCAUGGCUACUUGAAAAUAUUUGCACAGAAUCUUCGCACAUCUACUUUAAUAAUUUACUAGGUUCCUCAGUGUGAAAUUCGGCUCUUUCUUUUUUAUAAAUGCUACGCAGUUCGAUGCACUUUUUGAAUGGAAAUUGUCAGAUAUUAGAUAAAGUUAUAAUGCCUAAAAACUGUUUUAUUAUACAGUCAUGAGGAGUAGGGCGCGUGGGAGCAGAUGCGCGUAGAUGUAAUAUGUCAUUGCUGUAUUUUGUAUGAUAUAAGGUUAUCGUCAUAGUUAUCAUCGUUAUCAUCAUCAUCACGAUCAGUAUCGAUUAUCAAUUUUUGUACUGAAAUUGAAAUAAAAGCCGAAACAGCGCUA